AAGCCAGAGUCGUAGAAAUUGUGCAAUUUUUUCGAUUAUCCGGCGUUUUUGAAUUAACCGUGAACAGUCUAAGUUUGUGAGUUGGUUCACUAAUACCAUCAAAAAAUGUUCGGUGGACUUACGAUUUUGUCACUUGUGUGCUUUUCAGCUGCUUUGGCUGCAGGAUUAAACGAGACGAAACCUACCAAUAAAUGCGAAAUUCCUGCAUCAGCGCCAAAAAAGGUCGAGGAAGUAAUUAACCAAUGCCAGGAUGAAAUAAAACUAGCCAUUCUUUCAGAAGCGUUGGAGACUAUAAAUGUUAAUGAAAAUGCCCACAGUCGUGCAAAACGAGCAGCCUUUACUGAUGAUGAGAAAAGAAUUGCUGGUUGUUUACUGCAAUGUGUAUACAGAAAGAUGAAAGCGGUUAACGAAAUUGGCUUUCCAACUGAGUCUGGUUUAAUAUCUCUAUAUACCAGCGGAAUUCCACACAAAGAAUACAUUAAAGCUACGGUUGAAGCCGUUACGUUAUGUCUCAGAGAUGCAAAGAAAAAAUAUUUGGUUAAUAGGAAGUCACUAGAAGAAGAUGGCAAGACAUGCGACGUUGCAUAUGAAGUGUUCGAUUGUGUGUCGGAUGAAAUUGGGAAAUACUGCGGACAGACGCCAUAACAUUGUGGAGCCAGUAAAUUUAUGUUGUUAAGAAUUAG